AUGGUACCUCGAAUCAAAUGUCAACGUCUUGAUGAUGCCGAGUGCGAAGUGGACGUGGAAACGAGCACUUGCGAAGGCGAAGACUCUCAACAAUACCUAAGCCUCUCCCUCACUGUAAAGCGCGGUAGACUCAUUGUUGGUGUUCACUCAGCCCAGGAGCUGGCUCACAUGAACUCCAAGGCGACCCUCGUACUGCUGGAGGCCUUGAAAUAUGGUGUACAGCUCAAACUAUUCGCAAAUCGCAAGGAUCUCAUUCCGCUACAAGACAAUGAGCGCAGGGAAGUGCCGCCAGAGUUCUUGUUUGUUGACGUCAAUGUCUUUGGGCCUGAGGAUUCGAUCGAGCCUGUCGGGACGCUGCUUUCGAAACACGGCGUCUUCUUGCAGGACCCGCGUUGUGCUGAUGCAUCGGCGACAUACUUAAAUCCUCACGUUCUGGACCUGGGAAUAUCGCGGGUAGACAUGAUCUUCCAGAAGAUUGCGAUGGACCGUAACGCCAAAGCGACUGAGACGAGCGAGAACGCUGACUGGAAUAUUGUGCUCGAUGACCUUCCGCAACAACACAACUUUGACGCAACGGUGGUCAAAGUAGACUCGGCAGUCGUAAAGACACAGAUAAUGCCACAUCAAGGAGAGGCGCUUGACUUCAUGUGCAAACGGGAGCUGGGAGGAAGUCUUAUGGACAAUAAUCUGCGGUUCUGGCAGCUUGAUCGGAGCGAAGAAGGAGUUCCAGUCUAUCGUCACACGAUUACCGCCGACGAGCAAUUUCAACCACAGCCAGAGCCACAAGGCGGAAUUUUGGCCGACGAUAUGGGUCUUGGGAAGACGUUUACAAGCAUUUCCCUCAUCGCAUGCUCUCGAGAUCGGGCAGAUCACUUCGCUCGAAACAUUCUACCUACCCCUGUUCGUGAUGACCAGGCCCUGCGAAGGUGCCGAGCGACAUUGGUCGUUGUACCAUCCACUCAGUUGAUGGACUCAUGGAUGAAGGAACUUGGAAAGCACACCAUUCAUGGAAAUCUCAAGAUUGCAAAGUAUCAUGGACAUGAUAGAGUCCGCCAUUUCUCAGAAUUACGGUCGCACGACAUUAUACUCACAACCUACGGAACAAUCACAACAGAGUUUCGCAAGAAGCRACGACGGGUGCUCUAUUACAUGCAGUUCUUUAGAAUCAUCCUAGACGAAGCACAUACAAUUCGAUCUCGCCGUACAAAACUGUUCCAAGCGGUUGCAUCCCUUGCUGCAGUCCAUCACUGGUGCCUUACAGGCACGCCCAUUUCGAACAGGAUCGAUGACCUUGGUGCACUACUUGAGUUUUGUAGAGUGCCUCUUCUAGGAGAUAGCAAGUGUUUCCAGCAACACGUCUCAGCCGUGGCCAGAAAAUCAAUCCGACGUGGUUAUGGCGUCUUGAGGGAGACUUUAAAGCCAAUAUGCCUCCGCCGCACUCGGGCUCUACUUGACAUCGCUCAGCCCAAGUCGAUUGAUACGGAGGUUACACUGUCAGAGGCCGAGCAGAAGCAGUAUCAAAUGAUCAUCAAGAAGAGCAGAAAAGCAAUCGACGAUGCCGUUAGCGGUCGAAUGGGCACGAGUUCGCGGCAUGUUAUGCUCAAAGUCCUUUUGCAGCUUCGCAUCUUCUGCAACCAAGGAACUUUCACGCCUGCAGGCGAUCAAGAUCCGGACGACGAGCUUGACGCCGAUGAACAAUUGACUCUCUUGGAAGAGAAAGAAGAAGCGUGCUGCACAUUGUGCGCCAAAGUCAUCGCAAUGGUGAAUCAGCUUGACGAUGAGGAAUCUGGUGUACUUGGCCAGUGCUCACACGCAUUUUGUCGUACCUGUUACGACGAUCUUGAGAGAGAUUGUGGCCAGCCUGACCUUUAUCGAUGCCCUGUUUGCCCUGCUAUGACGAAGCUUCAACUCAAUGAGACGCACGCACAAACUUCGCCAUCCUCGUCGCAACACUCAAGCAAGCUCAACGCUCUGGUGGAGAAUCUUCUGAUGUCGCAGAAUUCCCCGACGCCAGAGAAAAGUAUCGUCUUCUCGGCCUGGAGAAAAACGCUCAACAUUGCGGCAGACUUGUGCAAUCAAAGCAAUAUUCAGCACGUACGAAUUGAUGGGACGACGCCCUCUUCAGAGAGAUCCGACAUAUUGCAUCGGUUUACGAACGAACCGUCAAACUCCACCUUGCUGAUGACGAUGGGUACCGGUGCACUCGGUCUCAACAUCACCGCAGCUUCUCGCAUUCAUAUCCUCGAGCCACAGUGGAAUCCCGCCGUCGAGGAUCAGGCGGUUGGUCGAGCAGUCCGUUUGGGUCAGGCCAAAGAUGCUACUGUCAUCCGCUACACCGUGAAAGACAGUGUUGAGAAGGGCUAUCAGAGCCGCAAGAUGAGGCUUGCUGCAGGAGGAUUCGAGCAUCGUAAUGACGACUCUCUUCCCGAUGUGCAUGGUCGAUUGAACGCGGCAUUCUUUGCACGAAAUUGA